CGGCUCUGGAUUGGCUGUCGUUCUGCGGGCUGCGGAACGCAGACUUCGGCUGGACGCGACUGAGGUGACACCUGUGCUCCUUCCUGAAAGGUUCUGGUUCUCAGACUUGCCCUCCUUCGUUUCGGUGUCUAGAGCCCGGCCAACUGUUCUUCAACUUGCUUUGCCUCAUGUGUACCAGAAUCAGUGCUGCGUAGUUUGACCCUGAUAGGAUUGACUUUACAAAUGAGACAUUUUAAGUCACGUCUGCCAAGAGGUGUCAUUUGAAUGAAACUGUAACUUAUACAAGUUUUCAGGUAUUUUUAACCUGAGUUAUCAGCUGUCUGCAGUUACUCAUAACCUGAGGGGUGGAUGGCCCUGAAGGGGAGGGAUAAGAACUGCGGAUCUUAGAUAUUCUGAGAACCCACUACUGUGAAAUCAUGUGCUGACAGCCCCAAAGGGAGCAUAAACCAGGGGCUCUGAUAUCAUGCAGCAGAAGAGCAAAUUAUUUCUCCAGGCUUUGAAGUAUAGUAUUCCUCGCCUUGGGAAAUGCAUGCAGAAACAGCACUUGAAUCACUAUAACUUCGCUGACCAUUAUUACAAUAGAAUAAAAUUGAAAAAAUGUCACCUAACCAAGUGUCUGCAGGAUAAACCCACGAUAUCAGAGUUAGCAAGGAACAUCCCGAGUCGGAGCUUCUCAUGUAAGGAUUUUCUGCCUAUUAAACAAGAAAACAAAGACUCACUUUCAGAAAACAUGGAUGCAUUUGAAAAAGUGAGAACAAAAUUAGAAACACAGCCACAAGAAGAAUAUGAAAUCAUCAAUGCAGAGGUGAAGCAUGGUGGUUUUGUUUAUUAUCAAGAAGGUUGCUGCUUGGUUCGUUCCAAAGAUGAAGAAGCAGAUAAUGAUAAUUACGAAGUUUUAUUCAAUUUGGAGGAACUUAAAUUAGACCAGCCCUUCAUUGAUUGUAUCAGAGUUGCUCCUGAUGAAAAAUAUGUAGCUGCUAAGAUAAGAACUGAAGAUUCUGAAGCAUCUACCUGUAUAGUUGUGAAGCUAAGUGAUCAGCCUGUAAUGGAAGCCUCUUUCCCAAAUGUGUCCAGUUUUGAAUGGGUAAAGGAUGAAGAAGAGGAAGAUGUUUUAUUCUACACCUUCCAGAGGAACCUUCGCUGUCAUGAUGUGUAUCGAGCAACUUUUGGUGAUAACAAACGUAAUGAACGUUUUUACACAGAAAAGGACCCAAGCUAUUUUGUUUUCCUUUAUCUUACAAAAGACAGUCGUUUCCUCACCAUAAACAUUAUGAACAAGACUACUUCUGAAGUGUGGUUGAUAGAUGGCCUAAGCCCUUGGGACCCACCAGUACUUAUCCAGAAGCGAAUACAUGGCGUCCUUUACUACGUUGAACACAGAGAUGACGAAUUAUACAUUCUCACUAAUGUUGGCGAGCCUACAGAAUUCAAGCUCAUGAGAACAGCAGCUGAUACCCCUGCCAUUAUGAAUUGGGAUUUAUUUUUCACAAUGAAGAGAAAUACCAAAGUUGUAGACUUGGACAUGUUUAAGGACCACUGCGUUCUAUUCCUGAAGCACAGCAAUCUACUUUACGUUAAUGUGAUUGGUCUGGCUGAUGACUCGGUUCGGUCUCUGAAGCUUCCUCCUUGGGCCUGUGGAUUCAUAAUGGAUACAAAUUCAGACCCAAAGAACUGCCCCUUCCAGCUUUGCUCUCCAAUACGUCCCCCAAAAUACUACACAUACAAGUUUGCAGAAGGCAAACUGUUUGAGGAAACUGGGCACGAAGACCCAAUCACAAAGACUAGUCGUGUUUUACGUCUAGAAGCCAAAAGCAAGGAUGGAAAAUCAGUGCCAAUGACUAUUUUCCACAAAACGGAUUCUGAAGACUUGCAGAAGAAACCUCUCCUGGUACAUGUAUAUGGAGCUUAUGGAAUGGACUUAAAAAUGAAUUUCAGACCUGAAAGACGGGUGUUGGUGGAUGAUGGAUGGAUAUUAGCAUAUUGCCACGUUCGGGGUGGUGGUGAGUUAGGCCUCCAGUGGCACGCUGAUGGCCGUCUAACUAAAAAACUCAAUGGCCUUGCUGACUUAGAGGCUUGCAUUAAGACGCUUCAUGGCCAAGGCUUUUCUCAGCCAAGUCUAACAGCCUUGACUGCUUUCAGUGCUGGAGGGGUGCUUGUGGGAGCAUUGUGUAAUUCUAAUCCAGAGCUCCUAAGAGCUGUGACUUUGGAGGCACCUUUCUUGGAUGUUCUCAACACCAUGAUGGAUACUACACUUCCUCUGACAUUAGAAGAAUUAGAAGAAUGGGGGAAUCCUUCAUCUGAUGAAAAACACAAGAACUACAUAAAACGUUACUGUCCCUAUCAAAAUAUUAAACCACAGCAUUAUCCUUCCAUUCACAUCACAGCUUAUGAAAAUGAUGAGCGUGUACCUCUGAAAGGAAUUGUAAACUAUACUGACAAACUCAAGGAAGCCAUUAUGGAGCAUGCUAAGGACACUGGUGAAGGCUACCAGGCCCCCAAUGUUGUGUUAGAUAUUCAGCCUGGAGGCAAUCAUGUGAUUGAGGAUUCUCACAAAAAGAUUACAGCCCAAAUUAAAUUCUUGUACGAGGAACUUGGACUUGACAGCACCAGUGUUUUCGAGAAUCUUAAGAAAUACCUAAAAUUCUGAAACGCUGCAUUCCAUGGGAAUUGGAAACACACUGAAAUAUUUCAUAGUCUUAUUUCCAAUUGGGUAAGCAACAGUGAGAUUUUUUUUUAAGUUAGUAAUUUUUUAAAAUUUGCUUCUCCAUCCA